ACUGCUCACACGCUUGCUCUCUUUCAUUUGUGUAAUACACACUAAAGUGCUUGGACAGGUGCCUUUAUGUCAAUUUGCAAACAUCUGCAUUUUCUUUUAAAAGAAACUUCUACAGGCUUGAUCAGAGGAAAGCGGUAGACAUACAGACAGUUUUGAGAAAGAUGCUUCAACAUCAACAUCUAAGAUCCUCACAGGACAUGAGAGGCAGAUUGCUAGACAAAGACCUGUUACACCAGUAAUCAACAAGUUCAACAGAGACUGGAGAAGCUACAUUUUUUUUAAAGGACCUCUAUUGUCUUUAUUGUGAAAGUAUAAAGACAGGCAUUUCUUGUUCCUUUUUUUCACUAAGCAAAUGUGCAUGUGAGUUUUCUCCUCCAUUUUGAAAUUGGAGGUUUUCUGUUUGCAAAUUUGGAUUAUUUCAAAUUCUCAUUCUUUUCGAGAACUUUUUCAAGACCAGUUGCACAAUUCUGGAGUUGAUGAGAUUAAGAACUUUACCUACUUGUGCUCAGUUGUUUUUGUCUGAAACAAGUCAGUCAUUUCUAAACCCUAAACCUUGCUGUACUAACAGCAUGUCCUAAAGAACAGAGUCCAUGUGCUUCCACUUACACAGGACUUGACUGACUUGAGAAUUGUGAACACUUCAGUGGAUUUUACCAGUGGAUCAGGUAGCUGUGGACUGAGAUUGGGCUCUUGGAAUUGUCAGUGGUUGUUCCAGACUCAGUUCAAUAUCCUGGAAUUCCUAAGGAAAGUUGUGAUGGGCAAUGCACCAGGUGGGAUGGAGCAGGUGGAGGGGCAGGAGGCCAGGAGCUCAACAGGGGCAGUUAACCCCAAUCCCUCCAUUUCUAAAAAGAAAAGUGCCCCACCCAAACUACCCAUGCCCCCCGAGGAAGAGCUAGAAGAACGAUUCAAUGUGGUUUUGAGCACCAUGAAUCUGCCUCCAGAUAAGAUGAAGCUUCUGAGUCAGUAUGAUAAUGAGAAGAAAUGGGAGCUGGUCUGUGAUCAGGAGCGAUUCCAGGUGAAGAACCCUCCUUCAGCAUACCUGACUAAAAUCAGGAGCUUCUACCAGGACCAGGGUGGAGUGACAUGCAGGUUCAAGAAGCGUGUGCAGGAGUCAACUCAGGUCCUGAGAGAGCUAGAGAUCUCUCUGAGAACCAAUCACAUAGGGUGGGCUCAGGAGUUUCUGAAUAAGGAAAACCAAGGCUUAGAUGUCCUGGUGGACUAUUUGUCCUACGCUCAGAGUGAUGCGCCGUUUGAAGUGGAAUCUAUGGAAAAUGGCGGCUCAAUAUCCGACAACAGGAGACUCUCAGAGAGAUCAGUCGAAGAUCUGGCCAAAAACAUCAACCAUUCUUCCACACAUGGGAUGACCAAAGCAGCACGUGCACUCACUGUUAGAAUAACUUCCUUGGCCCAUAGCAGGAAAACUCGAAAUGCUCGUUUAGCCACGCAGAGGGAUGAUGUUCACUUGUGCAUUAUGUGUCUGCGUGCUAUCAUGAAUUAUCAGUCUGGCUUCAACUUAGUCAUAAAUCACCCCAGAUGUGUCAAUGAAAUUACACUUGGUCUCAACAACAAAAACCCCAGGACUAAAGCUCUUGUGUUGGAGCUGUUGGCAGCAGUGUGUCUAGUUAGAGGAGGACAUGACAUCAUCAUCUCAGCCUUUAACAACUUUAAAGAGGUGAGUGGAGAGAAGAACCGCUUUGAGAAGCUCAUGGAGCACUUCAUGAAUGAUGACAGCAACAUAGACUUCAUGGUGGCUUGUAUGCAGUUCAUUAACAUUGUUGUCCACUCAGUAGAGAACAUGAACUUCCGUGUACAUCUUCAGUAUGAGUUCACAAAGCUGGGUCUUGAUCAGUACUUAGACUCCCUAAAGGAGAUGGAAAGUGAGAAAUUGCAAGUGCAGAUCCAGGCAUACUUGGAUAAUGUGUUUGAUGUUGGAGCUCUGCUGGAAGAUGCAGAGAAUAAAGCAGAAAUAACGGAGCAUUUAGUGGAACUGCAGGAGACCAAUUCACAGCUGAAUGCUAGACUGCAAGAAUAUGAAAAUGGGGCUGUGGAGAAAAUAGUAGAACUGGAGCAACAACUAAUGCAGGCCACUAAAGAGUCAGCACUGUUGAAGGAGAGCUUGCGAGAGUCCUGCACCCAGGUGAGCACUCUGCAGCACAGAGAGCGGGAACGAGAGAUUCAGAGAGAGAGAGAAAGAGAGCAGGAGCGGCUGUCUAAACCAUCACAGGUAGAGAGAGAUAGAGACAGAGAGAAGGUGAGCGAGGAGUCCAAACUGGAGCUAAAACUGAAGGAACUGCAGGAGAAGGGUUUAGUCCGACUGGAACGCACAUCUUCUGGAAGCCUGGACAUUGAAGUCAUUCCAGUGACUGUAGAAAACAUUGUCACUCAAACAGUGUCAGUGUCAGCGCCAGCUCCUCAAGCCCCAACCCCUCCAACAGCAGCCCCACCCCCACCUCCGCCCCUACCUGACGCUAUGGCACCCCCGCCUCCACCACCACCACCACCACCCCCUCUUCCUGGAUCUGUAGCUCCUCCUCCUCCCCCUCCUCCUCCACCUCCUGGUGGUGGACCACCACCACCCCCGCCCCCACCUGGCUGUGGGCCGCCGCCCCCCCCCGGCACUCCUCCUACCCCUGGGGCUGAUGCAGAAACGAAGAGCCGUAAGCCUAUUCAAACAAAGUUUAGAAUGCCUCUGUUAAACUGGCAGGCUUUAAAGCCCAGUCAGGUGGAAGGAACUGUGUUCAGCGAGCUGGAUGAUGAGCAGGUUUUAGGGGAGCUGAAUAUGGACCUGUUUGCGGAGCAGUUUAAGACCAAGGCUCAGGGUCCUCCAGCAAAUCUUUCUAAGAUCAAAGUGAAGGUGGCUGAGAAGGCCCCCAGUAAGGUGUCUCUGAUGGAGGCAAAUAAAGCCAAGAACCUUUCCAUCACCCUCCGCAAGGGAGGAAUGACCCCCAAUGACAUCUGCACAGCUAUUGAGACAUAUGAUCAGCAGUCUCUGAGUCUAGACUUCCUAGAGCUGCUGGAACGUUUUAUCCCCUCAGAGUAUGAGAUGAAGCUACUCCAGAACUACGAGAAGGAAGGACGCUCACUAGAGGAUCUGAGUAUGGAGGACCGUUUUAUGAGCCGCUUUGGCAAAAUCCCACGCCUUGCUCAGCGAAUCAGUACCCUCACCUUCAUGGGCAACUUCCCCGAGAGUGUAAAACGUCUGCAGCCGCAACUGGAUGCCAUCAUUGCAGCAUCUGUGUCCCUCAAGUCUUCAUCUAAACUGAAAAAAAUGUUAGAGAUCAUACUGGCAUUUGGAAACUACAUGAACAGCAGUAAAAGAGGAGCAGCAUAUGGGUUCCGUUUGCAGAGUCUUGACCUGCUGUUGGACACUAAGUCCACAGACCGCUCCCAGACGUUGCUGCACUUUAUUGCGAAUAUGGUGCAGGAGAAAUAUCCAGAGCUGACCAAUUUCCACACUGAACUCCGCUUUGUAGACAAGGCUGGUCUGGUCUCUUUGGACAGUGUGCUGCAGGAUGUGAGAUCUCUGGAAAGAGGGAUGGAAGGGACCAAGAAGGAAUUCUUGGUGCAGGAUGACAUUCUAGCACUGAAAGAGUUUGUUAAAGCCAACAGUGAUGUGCUAGAUUCACUUGUUAAAGAUGGCAAGACAGCACAGGAGGCAUACAUUUCUGUAGUUGAGUACUUUGGAGAGAACCCAAAGACAAUGCAGCCUUCCAUGUUCUUUCCACUCUUUGUCAAGUUUAUCAAAGCUUAUAAGCAAGCAGAAAAUGAUAAUGAACUGAGGAAGAAACGGGAGAGUGCAGCAGAAGAACAGACAGCCCCCUCACCAAAGAAGAAAGACAGCUCCCCUCAAAAGGGCCCCACGAUGCCCAAAAUGCCUCAGAUGGACCUGAUCGCAGAGCUGAAGAAGAGACAGGUGAAGCCCCAAGUCACAGAUGGAGCCAUUGAGGACAUCAUCACAGAUUUGAGAAAUUCACCUUACAGAAGAGCUGAUGGGCGGAGAUCAGCUCCACGGCAAGACAACUGAGGGUUACCUGAAGAGACAGUUCUUCUGUCCUGCCCACUGCACAGUCCUGUACAUACUGCACAUACAUAAAGCCUCUCCUUUUCUUUAUAUAGUAAAUAUAAAGAACAACUCAAUCCACAGUACCAGCAAACACAUUUACACAUACAGAUGCAUCUCAAUAAAUUAGAAUGUCGUGGAAAAGUUCAUUUAUUUCAGUAAUUCA